UCGGCGGGUCAGAUAGGCACAUGUCCUCUAACAACCGCGAAUCGGCGGAGAGCGGAGUUGAUGGGACCCCCGAAUGUAACAUUCUCGUUGCUAUCAGGGUGCGACCUUUAAACCGUUUGGAACUGGAGCAAGGAAGCCAGUCAGUGGUCCACUGUCCAGAACCGGACACUGUGUUGGUUAAAUGUGGAGCCAGAGACAGAAUCUUCUCGUUCAGCUCAACCUUUGGUCCAGAAAUGACCCAGCAGGAGGUUUUCAACGGCUGCUCAAUGGGGCAACUGAUAAGCCAGGCAGUGACCGGGUCUGCCUGCACCGUGUUUGCUUUUGGACCGACAGGAUCUGGAAAGACUUUUACAAUGGCAGGGUCAGUCCCACCGUUUGAUAGCCGUACACAGGACCAGGGGCUGCACGGCCUGAUGCAUCGAUCUGUCACAAGACUGCUAGAGGAGAUCAGUAAUAAGGAACAGGCGUUCACACUGAGUGCCUCGUACCUGGAGAUUCACAACGAGCAGGUCCAUGACCUUCUGAACCCUCAGAUCCCUGACUCACUUCCUCUCCGCUGGCGUAAAGACAGGGGGUUCCAUGUGGAAAAUCUUCGCACUGUGAAGUUUGAUAAUCUUGAUGGAAUCCUGGCUGUCAUCGGAGAAGGGAUGAGAAACAGACAAACCUCAGCUCACUGCCUGAACAGAGAGUCCAGCCGGAGUCAUUGCAUCCUGACUGUCGAAAUCGGGAUUGGGCCGGUGGAUCCCAAAAAUGGCUCCAACUCCUCCAAAUGGGGAAAGCUGCGAUUUGUCGACCUGGCUGGCAGUGAAAGGGUUAAAGAGACAGGAGCAUCAGACAAAACGCUUGUGGAAGCAAUGGCCAUCAACCGCAGUCUGCUAGCACUGGGGAAUUGCAUCAUGGCACUGGUCGAUCCCAAGAGGAACAAUCACAUCCCCUACAGAGACAGCAAACUCACCAAACUGCUGGCAGAUUGCCUAGGGGGCAACGGAGUCUGUUUAAUGAUUGCUUGUGUCUCUCCCUCACCUCUCAGCCUCAUGGACACCAUGAACACUUUGCGAUUUGCAAGUAGGGCUCGGAAGAUAAGGAACAAGCCUGCAGUGUGCAUGGAUGCAAAGGAUAAAGUGAUUAGAAGCUUGCAGCAAGACGCCAAACUGCUCUGUGCAGAAAAUGCAUUCCUCUGGCGGCCGUUCCAGCUUCUGUCACCCGGCACUGCGUGUCCAGGUCACAACACAAGACUCCAUCAAUCCACAAACAAUUUGACUGUAACAGAAACCGGAGAGAGAAGGGAUUUUUCUCUACUGCCGUCAUCAGAAGACUCUCUGUACUGGAUGUUGCAGGAAUUUCUGUGGGAGAAUGAGAGCCUGAGGGAGCAAAACAAGGAGUUGCUAAGGAGAAUGAAGAAUUGCCAACAGGAACAGCAGAUCACCCAGCACAGGAACAGGCAACUAUUGUGGAAGCUGCAGGAGCUGGAAAGAUUGAUUCUGUCCUCACCGCACGGCAACACAGGGUUUACCUGGGAGAAUAUUGAGAGGCUCAAUGACUCACCAACUGCUCAACUUCCAUCACCUCCCUUGGGAACACUCAACUAUUCUCGAACACCUGCUGGUCAGGUCAGUCAGGUGUUCCCAGUCUCCAACAGAUGUGGCUCCCAAGAGGACCAGGAUCAACAGCAGUCAGAUCAGACCCUGCAUCACAGGAACAAAAGUCACUCUCAGAUUGGUCGCUUAAUGGAUCAACACCAGCGUCACGAUGACAAGAAGCUCCUGCCACAUGACCUUCUCCCUGCAUCCUACAACAGUGUGGUGCCCUCUGCCCCUCCGCUGCCCACAACCCCUGACCAUCCUCCUAAGCAGUAACAAUCGGUCAACAGGUAACCCAUUCAGCUGUUCACUGUACGAGGACACACCUUCACAGGAAGGAAAUACAACCACCAAAAAUCUAAGUGAGCUGUGACCAGCUGUUACCAUAAUAACCAAAGGAUUACUUUACCUGAAAGGAUGAGUCUAUCAUUGAAUUUUUUUACAGUGACAUGUCUAUCUGUCCAUCUGUUUGUUGAAUAAAAAUCUUCUUAAUAUU